CUUCGUCUUUCCUCUCUCCCCUGUCCCUGCAUUCUCUCUUCUCUUAUCGUAAGAAUUUUCCAUUUUUUCUAUUCGAAUUUCUGCCCCAUUAUACGUAUAUAUAUAUAGAGAGAUAUAGAGUUGUGCAAUUGGCUAUGGGAUUUUCGAAGAAAUGUGUGUCUCUUUGUUCUUUGCUACUGUUAAUGCUCUUCAUUAGCGUCAUAGCCAGAGUUCAGAAAGAUGAAGCCUCAAAAAUGAGUGCUGUAGAAACAGAGCAGUUGCAUAGCUCGGAAAACUCAACAAUGGCGGCAAGGUUAGGAGAAAAUGAAGAGGAGCCUUUGAAUGAACAUGCAGUGGAUAACCCAGAAGAGGUUGCUGCAUCAGUUGAAAUGAUCAGUAGAAACAGCACCGAGAGGCGAAAGCUCGGAUUUUUCUCAUGUGCCACGGGUAACCCUAUUGAUGAUUGUUGGCGUUGUGACCCCAAAUGGCAACAGAAUCGUAAGCACCUGGCUGACUGUGGUAUCGGUUUUGGGCGCAAUGCGAUUGGUGGUAGGGAUGGAAGAUUCUAUGUAGUCACUGAUCCUGGCGAUUAUGACACUGUUAACCCGAGGCCUGGCACUCUACGCCACGCUGUUAUCCAAGAUGAGCCUCUCUGGAUUGUGUUCAAGCGUGACAUGGUUAUAACAUUGAAGCAGGAACUCAUAAUGAACAGCUUUAAGACCAUUGAUGGGCGUGGAGUCAAUGUGCACAUUGCUAAUGGAGGGUGUAUUACGAUUCAGUUCAUUACUAAUGUGAUUAUUCAUGGCCUGCACAUCCAUGAUUGUAAACCAACUGGAAAUGCUAUGGUAAGGAGUUCACCAUCACAUUAUGGUUGGAGGACUAUAGCUGAUGGUGAUGCCAUUUCCAUCUUCGGGUCAAGCCAUAUUUGGGUAGAUCAUAACUCACUCUCUAACUGUGCCGAUGGCCUUGUUGACGCUGUCAUGGGCUCGACUGCCAUUACCAUCUCCAACAAUUUUUUUACCCACCACAACGAGGUUAUACUGUUAGGUCACAGUGACACUUAUGUGAGAGACAAGCAAAUGCAAGUAACUAUUGCCUACAACCAUUUUGGAGAAGGUCUCAUUCAGAGAAUGCCAAGGUGCAGACACGGUUACUUCCAUGUGGUGAACAACGACUACACUCACUGGGAGAUGUACGCCAUUGGUGGAAGUGCAGAGCCGACCAUUAACAGCCAGGGAAACAGAUAUCUUGCCCCAGUCAACCCUUUCGCUAAAGAGGUGACAAAGAGAGUUGAAACUGCUGAAAAUCAAUGGAAGGGUUGGAAUUGGAGGUCAGAAGGUGAUCUGAUGCUUAAUGGGGCAUAUUUCACCCCAUCCGGAGCAGGAGCUUCAGCCAGUUAUGCCAGAGCUUCAAGCUUAGGUGCCAAGCCUUCAUCACUGAUUAGCUCUAUUACUUCUGGUGCUGGUGCCCUAACUUGCCGCAGGGGCCGCCAGUGCUAACAAUCUUGCCCAAUUACAUAAAGAACGAUUCCAUUUCCACUACAAAGCAUUACUUUAUAUCCAUAUUACAUCCAUUGUUUCUCUGUCAUCUCUCUGUUUUACUUACUCUAUUGGCAAGUGUACAUUUCUAUUCACUCAUCAAGUUCAUCUUUGUCCACUACUUUUUAUCACAUUAUCACCAUUGUUGUGCAACCUCGGCCAGCUUCAGUCGAAAGAUAAAAAAUUGUAUCCAGGGAGCAGGCGCUGAUGCGUUGUUCAAAUCCCUAUCUUUUUCUCCACAUUCUAUCAAAGGCCAAGAUUUCUCAGCCUCAUCCAUUUCCUAACCCCACCAUAUUCCUGUUAUCUGCUGUAAGAUUCAUCAGUCUACAUAUGGUGCUGGCAAAGUCUUUUAUAGAAACUUUAUGAUGAUUUUGUAAUCCCCCCCCCCCCCCCCCCCCCUUUUUUUGUAUUUUAGAUUUUCUCUAGUCAUACAGUCCAUAGUGUGAAUGUCCAAACUCGAAUUAUCAAAAGCUAAAGACUUUUGGAAUACAUGAUGCAUACUAUCAAAGUUCAUUGCCUGUUCUUCUUUA